AUGAACAUAUCCAAAAGCAAAAAAUCAUUUUCUGCUCAUUAUCUUGGAAGGAAUAAUGAGAAUAAUUAUUACCUUUACAAGGAUAGUUGGAUAGAACACCUUAAUAGGCAUGGAUAUUCAGUCUACGGUAUAGAUCUGCAGGGUCAUGGACAAUCUGAUGGAUAUGGGAAUUUAAAGGCUAAUGUAAAAGAGUAUGACGAUAUGGUGUAUGACGUGAUACAGUAUAUUCAUGAAAUUCAUGACAAAGUGAGUUCAUAUGGUGAUAAAUCUGCGGAUUCAUCAUCAUCUAGGGACGAAACUUGUGAAGAGGUACCCUCAACUAGUAACACAAACCGUGGUACCUUCUUAUGUGUCAAAGGAACAGAAGAAGAAUCAGAACCUACUGGCAAAACAGAAGGCAAAUUGUCAGACAGAAGCAAGAAUGAUAAGUCGUCAGGCAACGGUGGGAAUGAUAAAUCAUCAAGGAACAGCCAGAAUGAUAAAUCGUCAGGCAGGGGAGAAGAAGACAAAUCGUCAGAAAGCAAUAGCAGUGAUAAAUCGUCAAUCUCCCCAGAAAGUUAUAAAUCGUCAGACAGAAAAGGAAGGGAUAAGUGGUAUAGUAGUGCAAAGAAAGAUGAAUCCGGUAGUAGAAAAAUUAGUGAUGCUUCUGAUAGCAAACGGAGAUUUGCAUCUAGUAGCCAAAUAGGUGAUAAAUCGAUUAAUAAAACAAACGCUACUAAGUUACUACCCAUUUCCGAGACGGGGACUGACCUCCUUUUAGAGAAAGGAAGAAAAAAAAAAGCCCUUCCCAUUUAUAUUAUUGGACAAUCGAUGGGAGGAAAUGUUGCUUUAAGGACUUUACAAUUACUGGGAAAAUCGAAUGAUGAAACCUAUAAGAGAUUAAAUAUUAAGGGGUGUAUAUCAUUGUCCACGAUGAUUUCUAUUGAAGGAUUGGCAGCGGCUCCGCGUUCCUACAAGUAUAGUUGCUUCUAUUUGUCAUUUUUCAAGAUGAUUUCCUGUCUUUUUCCAAGUUAUCGAUUUGUAAAUAGGAAGCGUUACAAAAGACAUAGAUAUAUGAAUGAUGUGAUCCGUUUCGAUAAGAUUCGUUAUAAGAAAGGAAUAACAUGUAGAUUGGGGUAUGAAGUAUUAAAAGCAAUGAAAAUUUUAGACAGAGAUAUCAUUUACAUUCCUGGGGAUAUUCCCAUCUUGUUUAUCCAUUCGAAGGAUGAUGCUCUAUGUUACUAUAAAGGAGUUGUAUCAUUUUUUAACAGACUAAAGAACGAUAAUAAGCAGCUGUACACUUUAGAAAAAAGGGAACACAUGUUGAGUGUCGAGCCUGGAAAUGAAAACAUUUUAAAGAAGAUCUUGACUUGGCUGGCCGAUUUCCGAAGCGCAAUAAGCAAAGCCAAAUAG